AUGACACACAAGUUCUCAGAGCCAUAUUCUGGCAAAAAUCCAGUUCCAAAGAUUGCUACCAAACUCACCUCCCUUGUCAAUCCGGAAAGGGCGACGGAUGCGAAAGCUGAGCAGCUACAAGACCGGUCUGGUCAGCGCCAGGAGAAAGAGACAGAGAAGAUCGCGCGGAGACUAGCCAAAGGCCAUGUAAUGCACACAACAGAUCCGACGACUGGCGAGGACUUGGACAUUCGAAAUGCAGACGAGGAGCCUGAUUUAAGCACAAAGGGCGAGAAUGUAUUGCGACACGAGUUCCCACCACCUGAUCUCGUGAAGCAUCAAAAAGUUGUGGUAGGAGUCACGUCAUCCAGUAUCGUUUGCAUAUGCGCCGCAUACACCGUAUUGUUCUUCCUCUCUGGUCUGCUUAACGCAUCUGCUUGGCUCUCUUUCCCACUAUUUCUGCUCCCGCCUUCACUCCUUGCAUAUGUACUCCAUUUUCGCAUGCAGAACAUAUCCCAAGGAGACUUUGAAGACCGUGCAUGGCAUACAGAGCGCAUCCGAGGGCUUCGCGCUGGAUCUGACCUAGAUGGAGACGGUCAGAUUGAGGAUGAAGAGCGUACACGCGAGAGCACUGAGUGGGUAAACUCCGUUUUGCGGGGUGUGUGGCCGAUCGUGAAUCCAGAUAUGUUCGCUGCAGUGUUGGAUAUGGUCGAGGAUAUAAUGCAGUCAUCUGCUCCCUCUUUUGUUCAUUCUGUUCGCAUCUCCGAUCUGGGACUUGGGUCAAAUGCAGCACGCAUAACGUCUAUUCGUUCCCUUCCAGACGCACAUUCUGGGAGUAAGGAUGCUAUAGCUGAGUCCCUCGAGAUAGAUUCUGAAGACAUGAGCCCCGAUGAUCGCGAAGCCCUUGACGGUGACCACGUCAAUCUCGAGAUUUCUUUUGCGUAUCGUGGACUACCCAGUGGUGGUUCUGCCGCAAGCAAAGCAAUGAACCUGCAUUUGUUGGUUGAAUUUUUCGUUGGAAUGAGGGGCAUACUUGGAUUUCGGUUUCCUGUCUGGGUGGAGGUCACAGGUGCUGUAGGCACCGCACGUGUGCGGCUGCAGCUUAUUCCUAGCCCACCUUUUAUGAAGAAAACAUUGGUGACAUUACUUGGUUUACCGCACAUCACAAUCUCUGCCACGCCUCUUAGUGAGAAGCUCCCGAACAUCAUGAACAUACCCUUCAUCUCCGGAUUCAUCUCCAGUGCCAUCAACACUGCCGCUGCGGAGUACGUUGCACCCAAGAGUUUGACAUUCGAUUUGCAAAGACUUAUGAGCGGCGAUGAUAUCAAGAAAGAUACUGACGCUAUUGGCGUACUUGUGGUGCAUAUCCAUCGUGCAACAGGUCUUGAGGGUGCUGAUAUUGAUGGUAGUUCAGACCCGUACAUGACUCUGACUUUCUCGCGGCUUGAAAAACCACUGUAUUCCACUCGGAUCAUUAAGGGUGAUUGUAAUCCUGUCUUUGAGGAGACUGCGGUAGUCUUGGUUGACACUAAUACUGUGAAAUUACGGGAGAAACUGAGUCUCCAGCUCUGGGACUCCGACCGUGUGAGCAUGGAUGACAUGCUCGGCUAUCAUGAAAUUGACAUCGUGAAUCUCAUGAGACAACGAGGCAAACCUAUCCGUCGUGUCUCUCGAUUGUCAAGUCCGGAUUCAAAACAACGCCCUGGUUCCGUAGAGUUCACAGUAGGGUAUUUCGGGAAGCUCCUACCCAAUCCAUCGUUGUCGACUGAUGGAUCAGAUCCCGGCAUUCCGGACGAUCUCAGAGACAAGCCAGAGUUUAAAGAAGCACGCGCCAUGGCUCUGAAUGAUCUAGAGGCGGCAGUGCUCACAACUCCUCCAGAUACAGCAUGGCCAUCGGGGAUAUUGAGCGUGCAAGUGCAUGAGAUUCGCGAUCUUGUCAUCAGACAAAGUGGAGCGGAGAGAACAGGGAAAGAUAGAGGUGGUGAGAAGGGUCAGGAAGAGGGAGGGGUGGCACGCGAAGAAGGGGAAGGGCUCCCAUCCUCUUAUUGCACCGUCUCCUUGAAUGAUGAGCUGGUCUACGAAACUCGCGUAAAACCCAUAACCAGUUCGCCCAUGUUCAAUGCGGGCACUGAGCGAUUCGUCAAGGAUUGGCGUAAAUCUCACGUCACAGUUACCGUUAAGGACUACCGCAUGCGAGAGAAUGAUGCUGUUCUUGGCGUCGUUUUCCUGAAGACCUAUUCGUAA